AUGUUGGCUGGACUGUUUACCGCCGGUGAGCAGCCGGUUAGAAGAGAAGAGCCUCGGAGCUGCAGCAGACCCUCGCCUUUACCGCCCUCCGGUGGCCGGGAGGAGGCUGCAGCAGAGCAACAGACAUGCAGCAUCUGUAGAGAAGCAGGCCUGCUGGUUAUCACUUGUUUUAUAUCUUUGUAAAGCUGCUGUUUUGACCUGUGGACAUUUUGGACCUGAGUUGGAUUUUUUAAAACUGUUGAUGGACCCUUGACACUUUAUUUUCCUACCAGGAAGCAGUUUGGGGCAUCACUUCCAUCAGUCCCUCACCUAAUCUACACCAAGCUAAAAUGGAGCCUGUCGCCCUCAAAGGAAACUCCUCAUCAUCUCACAGCUCAGUCAACGCAGAGCUCCUGUCUCGGACCGGCUACACAACAUUGGCCGUUAUCAUGGGUGUGUUUUCUGCGGCGGGGAUCAUCCUUAAUGUCCUGGUGAUUAUGGUGACAGUGAGGCACAGACAGCUAAGGCAGCCGCUCAGCUACGCCCUGGUUAACCUGGCCGUAUGUGACCUGGGCUGUGCUUUGUUGGGAGGUGUGCCUACCACAGUGACCAGUGCCAUGGGAUACUUCAGCCUGGGACGUGUGGGCUGUGUGUUAGAGGGCUUUGCAGUUUCCUUUUUUGGUAUAGCAAGUCUGUGUACAAUAGGAGUCAUUUCUGUUGAACGCUACAUAGUGGUGUGUUAUCCCAUGGGCGCUGUCUUGUUCCAGACCAGACAUGCAGUUGCUGGAGUGGUGCUGUCCUGGGUGUGGUCAUUUGUGUGGAACACUCCACCUCUGUUUGGUUGGGGAAGUUAUGAGCUGGAGGGGGUGAAGACUUCCUGUGCCCCUAACUGGUAUAACCGGGAUCCUGGGAACAUGUCCUACAUCAUCAUAUACUUCUUCCUCUGCUUUGCUGUGCCCUUCUCCAUCAUCAUGGCGUCCUACUCACGACUCUUGUGGACCCUUCGUCAGGUGACCAAACUGCAAGUAUCUGAGGCCUGCAGCACAAAUCGUGUGGAGGUGCAGGUGGCACGUAUGGUCGUGGUGAUGGUGUUGGCCUUCCUCAUCACCUGGCUGCCAUAUGCUGCCAUGGCCCUUGCUGUCAUCAUAGACUCCAGUCUAUAUAUUGACCCCGUUAUUGCUACCAUACCUGUUUAUUUGGCAAAAAGCAGCACUGUCUACAACCCCAUCAUAUAUGUUUUUAUGAACAGACAGUUUCGAGGAUAUGCUGUUCCUACUGUCUUGUGCGGAUGGAACCCGUGGGCUUCAGACCCACAAAUGUCUGAGGGUGAGACCACUGUUGCCACUCUCAGCAAGAGCCAAAGAGUCUCACCUAAACAAUCUUUAAAAGAAUAAAAGUGUGUAUUAAUGCCCAUGGCCUCGUGUCUGAGGCAGCCCAAAAUCAUAUGAACUACUUUAGACCAGUAGCCAGUCUUCUCUGCACUUCACCACAAGGAAAGAUUAAUUUUACACUUAAAAAUAUCAAUCUGAGACUGAUUUGGACACCAGAAACGGUGGAUGCUAUAAAUUCUGCACGACAACAUUUCACAAAACACAACAAUACUUCACACACACAAAACACAAAUUUUACAAAACACUAAAAUAGGUGUGUUUGAGAUCGACUUCGGCUGACUUUGCCUGACUUGAUGGUCGACCUGAACUGCUGGUGACUGCUGGGGUGGAUAAGAAGACUGCAGUGAAGUCAGUGAGUCAGUGUGACUGAGCUCACAACAAUGGCUGAUCUCAUGAUGUUUGCCUUUUACCAGCUGUUCACACAA